CGCGGCGCGCGUAAAGGUGACAAACCACAGCCGGGUGAAUGUAAUUGCGAAGCGAAACACAAACAUACACACAAGCACAAUUUGUGGACACAAGAAUACAUCAGCACAUAGCACAAGCAUAGGAAAUAUUUGAAUUAUUUACAAGUAUUUGCACUUAAUGGCGCAGACAGUGAGUUACUUGAAACGAAUAUGGGAAUAAUGUUCGAGAAUAUGCUUAUCUUGAUUUUUUAAUAUUUAUUUUGAUGAAACGCUUUUAUCGACGGAAUUUGAAUCAGUAACAAUAAAUUAAAUAAUUAACGAAUUUCGAAAUACGUGAACAAGUGAAAGUGUAAAUUUGCAUGACAUUGCAAAACAGAGAGUGAAUUUACGAAUAAAAGAGUAUUUAAACAAAAAUAGAGCUUUAAUCCAAGGUAAACUGAAAUAAAUAAACGGUAGGAAACGCGUCUGCGACAGCGACAGCUCAAGUAGCUCUGCAGUAAUCAUCGAUAAUAGAAGUUAAUCAUAAAGUAAAUACAUAGUUAGCGGUACAUUGUGCAUAUUAGGCACCCAUACAUACAUACAUAGCUACCUAUGUAGGUGCAUUGUAGUACAUGUCAUCGCCACUGCAAUGAGAAGUGUUGUAAAAUUUGCCCGUUUAUUAUUAUUACCAUGGCUAUUAUUUAUAGCCAGCAAUUCGACCGCCAACAUUGUCGCGGCAAACGGAACGCCAGUUAGUCGACCGCAGCAGCAGGAAGUGUUAUUUGCACCACAACAGCAACAGCAACAACAACAACAAACACAGCAAGAGUGGUAUCUUCAACAACUGCGACUCCAACAAUAUCAGCAACAACAACAAUUACAAGAACCUCAGUUUAAUCCAACAUUACCCGCCAUUCCGCUAUCAGCACCCACAGCUGCUGUCCCCGCCGCUCAGCUGUUACCUGAGCCGGCAAAAGCAGCUACAGAGGAUUUUACAACAUCAACGCUACCAAAUGGAGUAGGUUUUUCUAACGAAACCCUGGGCUAUACAGAAAACACUUCGAAUGAAGAUGAUGAGAAGCAGCCCAGUGAAAUUCAGAAAGCUGUCUGUACGGUGACCGCCGGUGAGGUACGCGCAAGCGCAGAAGCUGUCACUACGAAGAAGCUUAAAGGGGUAUGUGGAUCAGCUGAGUUAAAGUUAGCCUUUAGCGAUUUGGAAGCUAAACUCUACAAAGAAUUGCAAGACAUAAAAACCCUUUUGCAAUACAUAGCGAAGCAGCAAGGCAUAAAUGUGCCACAAAUGUUGACUCCGAUGAUUUUCACAACAACGCCGCCCGCAACGCCACAUCCGCAAAUGCAGACUAACACACCGUCAACCACAUACGCCGCGACACGAACACCAACAAAAAAACCACCAACACCUCCAUCACAGCAACAUAAACCUUUGCUUAGCGUCAAACCCACAACAGCAUCCAAACCGAAAUUCCAACCGAUUAUUGAACACAGAGGAAAUGCAGUGGACACAUCAGCUGAAGUCAGUUAUGAAUACGAGGAAUCUUCGGCGGGUGUGGAAGCCGAAGAGUCGUUGCCCAAAAAGGCGCCACAACUUAAGUCAUUUCACUCAAAGAGUCAAAUGCCGUCAUCGUCCAAUGAACUGUUACAAGAAGUGAGGAAAUUCAAUAACACUAUGCUGAGUGAUCGAGAGAUGAAGGUAUUCACUUACUACUGGAAAUUGGAAAAUUUCACCGAACGUAUUGAGAGUGGUAGUAGUUCGAUAGUGGAGAGUCCAAUAUUUUCAAUAAAAGGGAAACCUUUGAACUUGAAAGCAUAUUUUCAACAUUUACAUCGAGAUUUUCUGUAUCUACAAUUGGCGGCGGCUAGCAAAAAAAGUAGCAACCGAAAUAAUAUCAUCAUCGAUAUGGGCGGAUUAUUCAAAGAAAUUUCCAAUGAGAAAGUCAGCUAUAAGCAUAAAAUAACUGUACUGAAUCAGCACAAUCAGCGCUCGAAGGAUUUAAUAUCACAAGAAUUUCAUAAUCUCGAUACGGGCUUUCUUAUACCAAACAGUGCGUUGCUCAGCAGUCCAUUCAUCAAAAACGAUUCAUUGUUAAUACAAAUUUUUCUUUAUUUAUAACUGAUUUUUUCCUGC